GCAGCUGCACUAGAACGCGCUCCGCGGGGACGCGCAUGGAGGGGGAAUAGGAAGAAGGAAGAGAGGACGCUGAACAAACUUGAUAACUUCUAGCUGACUCGCUAGAAAUCUGUCUGUGUGACAGUGGAACUGGUUACUUAUUUCUGUAUAGAUUUGUUAGUUAACAAAGGCCCCGUCUAUAUUCAGUCACCGUUGUGUCAACUCACCACACGACCCGACCGGCGGACCCGGGCAGCAGUUUUCAAACAGACGUUGCACUUGCUCGGCCGACCCGAAGCCAUCCAACGUCACAAAGUCACAUUUAUUUGCUUUUUUGAAGUGCAGGGAUAACCAGUACAUUUAAGUAACGCUGUACACAAGCAGCUCGCUGGUUAAAGGCUCGGAGUCUUCCUCUUGGUGGGAAAACUUAACCGCGGUCGGUGCUGUUGGAGGAGCAGACGAGGCCUUGCAGUUGAGGAGGCUGCAUGUGUUGAAGACCGCUGCUGGCGACGUUAACUGAACACUCAUAAACAUGUCGGCCCAGGCACAGAUGCGAGCGAUGCUGGACCAGCUCAUGGGGACGGGAAGAGACGGUGACACCAUGCGGCAGAGAAUCAAAUUCACAGAUGAGCGAGUCUGCAAAAGUCAUCUCUUGGAUUCAUGUCCUCAUGACAUCCUCUCAGGCACCAGAAUGGACCUGGGAGAGUGCGUGAAAGUGCAUGACUUGGCACUCCGAGCUGAUUACGAGAUUGCCUCUAAGGAGCAGGAAUACUUCUUUGAACUUGAUGCCGCUGAACACCUUCAGUCUUUCAUUGCUGACUGUGACCGCAGAACUGAGCUGGCCAAGAAAAGACUAGCAGAAACACAGGAUGAGAUCAGCGCUGAAGUGGCUGCGAAGGCUGAACGUGUCCACGAGCUUAACGAAGAGAUCGGGAAGCUGCUGGCCCGGGCAGAGCAGCUGGGAGGCGAGGGGAAUGUAGAAGAGGCCCAGCAGCUGCUGGAAAAAGUGGAGAAGACCCGGGCAUUAAAGAAGGAGGCAGAGGAUAUUUACCGGAACUCAAUGCCAGCCUCAAGCUUUCAACAGCAAAAACUGCGAGUGUGUGAGGUGUGCUCUGCCUACUUGGGUCUUCAUGACAAUGACCGUCGCCUGGCUGACCACUUUGGAGGGAAGCUGCACCUCGGUUUUAUUGAAAUCCGUGAGAAGCUUGAAAAGCUAAGGAAAGCUGUUAUCGAGAAACAAGAAAGAAUGCGCACGAGACGGCGAGAGGAACGCGAAAGAGAAGAUGAAAGAGAGCGACAGUGGGAGCUGGAGAGGGAGCGGGAGAAAGAACGGGAAAGGGAGCGAGAGAAAGAAAGACAGCGGGAACGAGAGCGAGAGUGGGAGAGGGAAAGGGACCGAAAGAGGUCACGAUCUAGGAGUGGAGACCGAUACAGGGAUGGAGGCAGUUCAUCCUCCCAUCGUUCAAGACGCCACCACUCCUCUCGCUCCAGAGAAGAAGGUGGGGAACGAGAUCGUGAGAGAGAGAGGGAGAGGAAACAUCGACACAAGGAUAGACAUCGCUCACGCUCCCACUCGCACAGACGCAAAAAGAAAAGAUCCUCCAAGGACAGAUCAUCUCACACCCGCGACAGAGAGCGCUCAGUGUCUCAGGAGAGAUGGAGGGAGGGUGCAGGAGAUGGAUGGCGUGGCGACAGAGCAGAUUACAGAGACUGGGAGGACAGGGAGAGGUCCACCUCUCCAGACAUGGCCAGGGAAAAGGAACGAGAGAGAUCCGUGUCGUGCGAACGGGACCGACGGUCCAGCUCGGAAGAGCGAGAGUCUGGGGAGAUAUGAACAGCAGGGGGCGCCUCCAAAGAGUUUAAUUUGGAUAUAAUAUUUAGUAAAAAACAUAAUAAGAGCAUGGAGAUAUGUGAGCCUGCUGGUGAGAGUGUGUGCGCGUGUGUUGACUUUGUAUACGUGUUCAUGUUGAAAACGGGACAUGUAUAUUAGGUGGGGUGGUGGUCAGUGGUGGUGGUCACAGAAACAUGCAAACCAGUUUUAUAAGAGUGAAGCGAGGCUGAUCUGGAAGCAUUGUAGUCGUCAUUUUUCAUGCCAUGUCAAUGGUCCUGUGUACAGUUACUUUCACACUGAUGAGGGGAAGAGUGGUGAGAAGACGGCACCCCUGCUUUAAGUCCAUUUUUAUUUUACUCACACAAAGUGCUGUAUUUUUUUAUCCUUAGUUUAAUGUUAAUGCUGUUUAUCCCGUUCCCUUAGGAACUUCAGUUUCAGUAGCACGGUUCCGACUCGAUAAUGUGGCGUGGCCCUUGCAGUAAUGCUUGAAAUGAGGUGUGAAUGACUGAAGGCACUUCUCAUGGUUGUGUUUUACUUGCUGCCUUCAAGCCAUGACAAUCUCAUUUCGCAGAUUUGACACACAUCGGUUAAGAUGCCGUGAUGAGCUUGUACUUUGAAUAUAAACUCACUCACUCCCACCCACCCAAAAUAUGUCAUCUGAGUAUUUCUCCUUAGACCAGGAGGUAUAUAAAUUAUGUGAAUAUUUGACUUUGACACUUUUCAGAGGGAGGGGCGGGGUCAACUUUGCUGUGCCACUAUUAAGUGAAUGAUUUUGUAUUUAUUUUAUUUUUUGGCUUCCAUUCAAACAAAAAUUGUUAUCCAGAUUUCUCUCUAACUUGUCUCCUGCUUUUUACAGCUGCAUCAGAUUAAACCCACCUUGGCAGCAAAA